UUGAACUAUCUCUUCAACACUCAUUCACCAUGGACUCGAUCAUAGAGACCCAACGCCAAGCUCAUGAAGAAAUAGAGAGCUAUGAGCAGGCUCUCGCAGAAGUUUUGAUGCAGAAUCCGACCACUCGGCGUAACAUUACCCGUCGUGAUCGCAAAGCUGCAGAGAUAUUAGACAGGAUCGUUCAGCUUAGGCAAGAUCUGGUGAAUGAAUACGAGGACCUACCGGGCCUUCGACCUACCGAGCUGGCUCUUCUUUCUGCUCCUCCUGCUGGCGAGGAUGAUUUAGCGGAAUUCUACGUCAGAUUCGAAAAGAUCAAAGAGUUUCAUCACAAGAACAGGAAUAUCAAUGCCAGGCAGUUCAUCAAUGAACUGGACGAGUUGGUCAAAGGAGAUGGAAUGACGGCGAUUCCUACCGAGGAUGGAGAGCCAAUCAUAGUCGAUUCGCUCGAUUCUGUCUUUUCUGGAGAAGAGGCGUACGGAAAACAUCUUGACCUGUACUACUCUCAUACUCAGUAUCUGAACCUCAAAGGCGCUGUCCGGUUGUCCUACAUCGCAUACAUUGAUAUGCUGCGGCAGGGUAAAGUCGAGAGGACAUUAGAUGUCAGGGAGAAGUCGAACGCGCAGUAUCUGGAAUACGUGGCAACGCUGUACAACUACUUGGUAUCUUUCUUUGAGCGUGCACUGCCUCUGGAAAACGUUCACGGAGAUUUAGAAGCGUGGGAGACAUCGUUCUCGUCGGCGUGGACAGCUGGACAGGUCGAGGGAUGGAGUGAGGGGUCUUCUUCAUCAGCGGGGAGCGAAGGAAUAUGGUGUCCCUAUUGCGCGAAGUCUUACUCCAAGCAGACCGUCUACGACGCCCAUCUCUCCUCGGCCAAGCACAAAAAGAAAGAGAAGGAGGGCAAGAAAGAGUCCAACCCUCAACAGAGCAGCAAUGGCUCUUCAACCUCUGACAAACAUCGCCCACCUGCUCGCUUCACGUAUAUGAUAUCGAAACUGUUGACUCAUCCUCCCAUUCCACAACUGCUAGUUGAUUCUCGGUCUGAAGUUGAGCGUCGAAUGGCUCUGACCGCUAAGGAGCGAGAAGCGGAACUGGAGGAAGCAGACGAGGCGCCACCACCACCUGCCGAGAUCGAAGAUGUAGAGGAAGAGGAAGACGAUGACGGAAGGAUAUACAACCCAAAAGGUUACCCUCUUGGCUGGGAUGGGAAGCCUAUUCCGACCUGGCUGUGGAAACUGCAUGGCUUGGGCAUGACGUUCGACUGUGAAAUCUGCAGUGAGGCGACCUAUCAAGGUCGAAAAGCCUUUGAUCGCCAUUUCCAAGAAGCUAAGCAUGCUUUUGGUAUGCGAGCUCUGGGACUGCCAAAUACAAAGCACUUCCAUGGUAUAACCAAGAUUGCGGAGGCUUUAGCAGUUGCCGAAAAGCUUAAACGAGAAGGAAGGGCAGAGCUUGCAGCCUUAGAGAAAGCAGAGGAAGUGGAAGAUGCAGAUGGCAAUGUGUACUCCAAGUCUACGUAUGAGCAGUUGAAGAAGCAAGGCGUGUUGUAGAGUACCAUGCACAGAGUCAGAGGA